GGGGAGGGGGAGGGGGGGGAAGAGCAGGCGGGAGGUGACGAGACUGCAGGAGGUGAUGCGGAAGUAGUGGAGGAACGAGGCAGGGAGGGGGUGGUGGAAGGAGCUACCGGCAGCAGCGGGGAAGCAGCGGAAGACGACCCGGCGCAGCGAUCACCGAGCAGCCGCUCGCAGUCCAGCGACGUCGACGAGCCACUGCAGGAGGGCAUUUCCGUCGGGCUGUCGGAGAAGAUCACGGCGAUCGAGCAACUCGCACUACGGCAACGGCACACGCUACGAGAGGAGGACCUAGCGGACGGCGGGGUGGUCAAGCUCCUGAUGGGCGGGCUGCAGGAGCUCGGCUCGCAGUCGACGCUCGAAAACGGAAGCAUGCGCCUCACCACCGCGCACUCCGCGCUCAGCCUGAACAUGCUCUACCAGACACGGACGCUCCGCGACCUCGGCUUCUCGAUCAACGCGGUGUCGCUGCCGCCGCCGGAGACGACCGAGAUCAUGGAGGGGCUUCUGGAGCUGAUCCCGCGGCCGGCGAUCGAGCCGCUGGCGGAGCUGACCACGCUGCACCACCUGACGCUGAGCCUGGCCGCACAGCUGAGCAGCAUCAGCGACAGCCUACACAUGACGCGGCAGUCGAGUAUUGUCGCGCGGAGGAAGCUGCAGGCGGCGAAGGAGGCCUGCGCGGACUGGAGGAACGAGCUGGAGAUGGUCGAGACGGCCCGGCGGUGGAUCGAGGACGGCGACUGGGACGCCAAGUGUAAGCGGAGAGAUGCCGCCGUCGUCUGCAGAGAUGUCACCAGCGGCUUUGAGGACGUGUGUCGCGGCUUCGAGGAGAAGCUGAGGGCGCAGGAGGUCGCUACAUAGAUAGAUAUCCCCGGUGGUGGUGUGUGGAGGAAAGCGUGUGCAUGAGAUUGGAUAGGGUAUUAGAUACGGUGUUUGGUUCUUUGCGUCCGGCUUUGGUUAUUGCUGCAUUUUUUUUUUGUUUUGAACCGAUAACGGCGGGCUCAGGGUUUCGGUUUGGCGGGGAGGGGGAGGGGUUGCUGUCAGGCAUGGGGGUUAAUAUUUCUGUUCAUCUACAUAUCUACACGCCUUUCUUUUGGAGCUGGCAAUGGGAAUUGGUACUAGAACGUGUCCGAAUGU